CGCCGCGUGCAACCACGACAAAAAUACACAGUGUACCUUGCUAUGUUAGCCACCAAGGGGCUCCUUUACGCUAGCUUAAAAACAAAGCAUCGUUUAGCGAGGUUUAAAGUGACAGCUUGUUCAGGAAAUUAACGAAAGAAAAAAAAUUAAUCAAAGUGAAAAGCCCGCAUCGUUGUAAUUGUUUGGUUUCUGUGCGUCUUUGAAUUAAAACGAGGUUUGUCUGAAGAGAUCAGCUCCUGCUUUUGGGGCCCAGAGCAGACUGAGGACCUACAUCCGCAGCUCCAGAAAAUGUUGCAGAAAUGAUAGCGGCACAGGAUUUGCACGCAGAGUUCCAGUUUCCUCAAGAGACAGAAUCUCAGUUGUCUUCAGAUGCAGACCUUGAGGAUCCUGAUGGAAGAAAUACCAAGGCAGGAAGAGGCAUGGGGGCCAAGAAGGGGAGGAAGGUGCUGGCAGACAGGGCCAAGGGUGGGGGAGCAGGGAGGGUGACUGGUGCUGGCUGGGUGAAUGGCCACCAUCAGGAGAACGGCAUGGAGAACAUGAGCCUGUUUGAGGUGGUUAAAAUGGGGAGGAGCGCCACUCAGUCCGUUGUCGACGACUGGAUUGAGGCCUACAAACAGGACAGGGAUGUGGCGCUCUUGGAGCUGAUCAACUUCUUCAUUCAGUGCUCUGGCUGUAAAGGUGCCGUGAGUGAAGAAAUGUUCAGACAUAUGCAGAAUUCGGAAAUCAUCAGGAAAAUGACGGAGGAGUUUGAUGAGGACAGCGGCGACUAUCCUCUAACACUCUCAGGACCACAGUGGAAAAGAUUCAGGAUAAAUUUCUGCGACUUUAUUGCCGUCCUCGUGCGCCAGUGCCAGUACAGCAUCAUAUACGACGAGUACAUGAUGGACACGGUCAUCUCUCUGCUCACCGGCCUGUCUGACUCCCAGGUCAGGGCCUUCAGACAUACGAGCACGCUGGCAGCCAUGAAGCUGAUGACUGCAUUGGUAAACGUCGCUCUGAACCUGAGCAUCAAUAUGGACAACACUCAGAGGCAGUACGAGGCAGAGCGGAACAAAGUUAUUGCAAAAAGGGCCAAUGAUAGGUUGGAGCUGUUGCUACAAAAGCGGAAAGAGCUCCAGGAAAAUCAAGAUGACAUCGAAAACAUGAUGAAUGCAAUUUUCAAAGGAGUCUUUGUUCACAGAUAUCGUGACGCCAUUGCUGAAAUUCGAGCUAUUUGUAUUGAGGAGAUUGGAGUGUGGAUGAAGCUGUACAGCGAUGCCUUCCUCAAUGACAGUUACUUGAAGUACGUUGGCUGGACAAUGCAUGACAAGCAAGGCGAGGUGCGGCUGAAGUGCCUGACCGCCCUGCAAGGGUUGUACUACAACAGAGAACUGGGCUCCCGCCUGGAGCUCUUCACCAGCCGCUUUAAGGACCGCAUUGUGUCUAUGACUCUGGACAAAGAAUAUGACGUUGCAGUGCAGGCUGUUAAACUCCUGACUCUUAUCUUACAGAGUAGUGAUGAGGUCCUGACAGCAGAGGACUGCGAAAGUGUGUACCACCUGGUUUACUCAGCACACCGACCCAUCGCCGUUUCUGCAGGAGAAUUUCUCUUUAAAAAGCUCUUCAGCCAUCGAGGUCCGGAGGAGGAGGGUUUACCAAGGAGGGGCCGGCAGAGCCUCAAUGGCAGCCUCAUCAAGACCACAGUCUUCUUCUUCUUGGAGAGUGAGCUCCAUGAACAUGGGGCUUAUUUGGUGGAUAGCCUGUGGGAGUGUGCGUCAGAGCUGCUGAAGGACUGGGAAACCAUGAUUAGCUUGUUGCUGGAUGAACCCAUGCCAGGAGAGGAGGCCCUCACUGAUCGACAGGAGACGGCUCUGGUCGAGAUCAUGCUCUCUGCCGUUCGGCAGGCUUGUGAAAGCCAUCCUCCAGUAGGCAGAGGCACAGGAAAGAGGGUCUUGACUGCAAAAGAAAAGAAAACUCAGCUGGACGAUCGGACACGAAUCACAGAAAUGUUUGCAGUUGCUUUACCUCUGUUAUUAGCAAAGUACUGCGUUGACAUCGAUAAGGUGACCAAUUUACUCCAAAUCCCAAAAUACUUUGAUCUUGACAUCUACACCACCGGCCGGUUAGAGAAGCACAUGGACGCCUUGCUGCGGCAAAUCUGGGAGGUUGUCGAUAAGCACACAGACGCCGAAGUCCUGGAGGCCUGCUCCACAACCUACCACUGUCUGUGCAACGAGGAGUUCACCAUCUUCAACCGCGUGGACAUCGCCCGCUCGCAACUUCUCGACGAGUUGGUGGACAAGUUCAACAGACUUCUGGAGGACUUCCUGCAAGAGGGGGAAGAACCGGACGAGGACGAUGCCUACCAGGUUCUGUCGACACUGAAGAAGAUCUCUGCUUUUCACAAUGCGCACGAUCUCUCCAAGUGGGAUCUGUUCAGCAGCAACUACAGGCUACUCAGCAUAGGUCUGCAGAACGGGGACAUGCCGGAGCAGAUCGUGAUUCAUGCAAUGCAGUGCACCCAUUACAUUGUCCUGUGGCACCUUGCCAAGGUUUCAGAUGGCAGUUCGAUAAAGGGUGAUCUGGUGACGCUGAGAAAACAGAUGAGAGCUUUCUGCUUGAUAUGUCAGCGUUACCUGAACAGCAUCAACACAGCCGUGAAGGAGCAGGCUUUCACGAUACUGUGUGACAUGUUGCUGAUCUUCAGUCACCAAAUCAUGUCGUCAGGCCGGGAGCAUCUGGAGAAUCUGGUCUACGCGCCAGAUUCCUCUCUGCAAGAGGAACUGCUCAACUUCAUCUUGGAUCAAGUUUUCAUUGAUCAGGAUGAUGACUGCAACAGCACAGAUGGGCAACAAGAGGAUGAGGCCAGUAAAAUCGAGGCUCUGCACAAGCGGAGAAACCUUCUUGCAGCCUAUUGCAAAUUAAUCAUUUACAAUGUUGUUGAAAUAAAUACUGGAGCAGAUAUAUUUAAGCAGUACAUGAGAUAUUACAAUGAUUAUGGUGACAUCAUCAAAGAAACGAUGAGUAAAACGAGACAAAUCGAUAAAAUACAGUGCGCAAAGACGCUCAUAUUGAGCCUGCAAAAGUUAUUCAAUGAGAUGAUGUCAGAACACGGCUUUAACUUUGACCGCUCGUCAUCAGCUUUCUGCGGCAUAAAAGAACUGGCGCGACGCUUCUCGCUAACCUUUGGUUUGGAUCAGUUGAAGACCAGAGAGGCGAUUGCCAUGUUGCAUAAAGACGGAAUCGAGUUUGCCUUUAAAGAACCCAGUCCUCAGGGAGAAGGGGGUCCACCGCCCAAUCUGCCGUUUUUGGACAUCCUAAGUGAGUUCUCGAGCAAACUGAUUCGACAAGACAAGAGGACAGUUCACAUGUACCUGGAGCGAUUCAUGACAUUUCAAAUGGCCCUUCAGAGAGACGACUGCUGGCUGCCCCUCAUCUCGUACAGGAAUUCCCUGCAGGCCGGGAUGGACGACGACGCCAUGUCUGUCAUCAGCGGCAUCAGCAGCCGGGGGUCCACCGUCCGGAGUAAGAAGUCCAAACCGGCCGCUGUAAGCAAGAGAAAACUGCCGGAAGAGGAGAACAGCAGCAGCAGCAUCGAUGGCGUCUGGAUGAAUCGUGAGCAGAGUGUGCCGACGCCGGUUAUGAUGCAUUCACCCCACCUCACUUCUACUGUGUUGAGGGAACCAAAGAGGAUGAGGCCAGAGGAGAGCUACGCAGCCACUUUCUCAGUGCCGGCGGAGCAGCACCUUCACCAAGCGCUCCCUCCACAACAGCUGCCUCAGCACCAACACCAGGCUGCCAUAGAUUACAACACCCAGGUUACCUGGAUGUUGACACAGAGGCAACAAGCCGAGGCCCGUCAGCACCAGGACCGGAUCAGCAUGCACUACGCUAAGAUGAGGAACCACAUGCAGCAAGCCAUUCGUCGAGGGUCUGGAUUAAUGGAGGAUGAUGAGGAGCCAAUAGUGGAGGAUGUGAUGAUGUCAUCAGAGGAUCGCCUAGAAGACAUCAGCGAGAGCAUGGAUUUCAAUACAAUGGAGAUCGAUCUGCCUGCAUCUAAGAAUCGGAGAGAAAGAAACGAACUAAAACCAGAUUACUUUGAUCCAUCUUCCAUUAUGGAUGAUUCGGUUCUCAACGUUCCGAUGUUCUAACAGGAAGCGGAUGAAUGCUCAGUGCAUCAUCGAAAUCCUCUUCCCGGAAGAAGAAAUGACCGUUCUCUGUGAAAUCUUUGAAAGGAAAAGGUUGAAAUGAACUAUUACCAUGGUCUUUUGAGACUCCAGUAUUUGCCUCUUUAACACUUAAAGACUUGGAGGGAGAGCCUCGUGAUAAAUUACAGUUUUAUCCUGCUGUUUUCACACACUCUGGUUGAUCAGACUGCAGAGAGAGACAGGAUUCUGUUUCACUACCUGAUCAAUUGAAGAAACUUUUAAGGGGGGGGAAGGGGCAGGCUUAAUUUCAGAUUUUUAAUGUAUGUUAUUUUCCCUUUUUUGCAUUUGGUAUAUAAACAAUUGUCUAAUGUAAAUACAUAGAGGCCAACAUUCAGGAGAGGUGAACACAAUUUCAUUAACAUCAUUAGACGGAUUUCUGGAUGGAAACUACUGUUCUCGUUAUUUUGGUGUUCAGUAGUUGUCUAAGACUUUAAUGAGAACGGAUUCUUUUCAACAACAGGGUGGCUCGACCUGGUAAAAGCUGUACUUAUUGACAUAUUUCUAGGUUAAUGUAAUCUAAAGACAAACAUGCCAAACAUAUGAACAUAGAGUAGUUUCAGAAUGGCAGCACUUCUUACAGGGCUGCUAAAUUAUAUAUAUAUAUAUAUAUAUAUAUAAAAAAAAAAAAAAGCGGUCAGUUAGUGCUAUUGUGUUCACUUCUUGUACUGGUGAACUGUAGAUUUUGGCACGGCAUGUAGCCAUAUAUGGAGAUCUUUACGCAGUAAAUUAUAAUGUGAACUAGCUUGUCAUACUGUUCAAAGGCCUUGCCACAAGUGGUAUACAGCGUUCUCAGAUUUCUUUGUGAUGGUAUUUUUAAGAGACGUGUUCUGCUUUUAUACCCUAUAGAUAACUUUGAUUUAUAGAUAUUUUGUAUCGACAAUCAGAUGUAAAUGAAUGGUUUAUAAUCAUGCUAUUCCACCUAGGAACAUAAAUAAUCCUUUGUAACGGAAGUAACGGAACGGUGUUACUGUAGGUAUGGCCAGCUGUUUCAGUUUUCAUUUCUCCUCACUAUAUUAAAUGCGUGCAAGAGGGUAUGUAUUGCUUAAAUGUAGUUCUAUAACAAAUGUAUCGUUGAGUCAAAAACUGUUUUUUUAGAAUUGGAAACAUCAACUAAAUCUUGACCCAGCCGUUAAACAUUUAAUCUUUCCUAUAGCCUGUUUUUACCUGUGUAAUAACUAAUAUCUAAUGUUCCACAAACAUGCCAUAUAUAUUUAGAUUUUUUGUUUAAGAAAAAAAAAAGAAUAGGAAAGGUUAAGAAAAGUUGUGCAUUUUGGUAUUUUCUUUUUUUUUACUCCAGUAUACAGUUGUGCAGAGGAUUUUUAUACGUUUUGGUUUUCCACUGUUGUUAUUAAGAAAUUAUGCCCAAUUACCAAGGCUCAGAGUACUUUAGUAAGCUAUGAUAGCGUCUGACUUGUAAAUUAUACAAUUAUAAAAGUGUAAUAUAUUGUGAGUGUGCGUGCGUUUAUAUGUGCACUUUCUUCAUGUGUGAAUUUUUACGUAGCCGUUAAAGACAAACAAUGCUACUCUGACAUUAACCCACUAACUUUUAAGUAGGCAUCCACUCUUUUUUUUUUUUUUUUUUUGCUUGUUUUUCAGUGGGUUGUUGUGCUGAUUCUGUUCUUCUCUGUGCUGGCCCGACUGGCGAGAUUCUAACUUUAUAGAAAACGAUGUAUAUGCAUAUUGUAGCUAGAAACAAAUCCCUAAUUUCUAUAACAAGUCUCUAUAAACCGGAGACAGACAACCAUAUACGUUACCACGUUAAGAAUAAAUAUUCACAUUGGGGAAAUGCGAACGGUACAUCAUCUAUUUAAAGCACUUCAUUUUGGGUUAUUUACGUUUUGCAUUAAACUGCUGAGCACCUGCAUACAUCUGUAUGUUUAUAAAUAGUUAAAUAUUUGCAUAUAUUAAAUUUGUGUUUUUUAUUCUAUUUACAAAGUGCCCAUUGUAUCUUUUAAUAUUUGUAUUUAUGUCUGGAGAUGUAACACAAUCAAAUAAAUCCUUUCAAAACUG